AUGUCGGAGUUGUUUGAAUUGUCACCAUCUGACCUACAAUCAAUCUUGGUUUUCACCUCUUCUUUAGCUCGCUCUGCUGGAGAGCUGAUACUUGAAGGAUCCCAAGCCAUCCGAUCCACAGGGAAUGUAGACGAGAAGAAGAAUUCUGUCGACUUGGUGACGGAGUACGAUGUCAAGGUUGAGGAGUUGGUGAAGAAGGAACUGGGUGGAAAAUAUCCUACUUUCAAGUUCAUCGGAGAAGAAUCGUACGCUGCUGGCUCGAGACCUCCUUUGACAGACGAGCCUACAUUCUGUGUCGAUCCUAUCGAUGGCACAACGAACUUUGUCCACGGUUUUCCUCAUGCGUGCAUAUCCCUCGGCCUCAUAUACAGCAUGAAGCCAGUGCUCGGUGUCAUUUAUAACCCAUUCUUGGAUCAACUCUAUACGGGAGUGAAAGGGCAGGGGGCAUAUCUUACGCAAGGUACUCGUGGGCCUGUGAAGCUGCCUCUGGCCGUCCCACGCCCGCUGCCAUCGCUCUCUCAGGCACUCAUUGGUAUUGAAUGGGGGUCCGAUCGAUCACAUAGUGCCAUUGAGUCCAAGGGAGAUUCUUUCAAAAGACUCGCUGGAAACCCGAAAGAAGGGGUGACGGGAGGACGAAUGGCGCAUUCCCUGCGCUCUUUGGGUAGUGCAGCGCUGAAUUUUGCUAUGGUCGCCCAAGGUGGUAUGGAUGUCUAUUGGGAAAUUGGUUGCUGGCCGUGGGACAUAUGCGCAGGAUCAAUCAUCGCCCAAGAGGCCGGGUGUUUUGUGGCGGGAUCGCACUCUGCACCCUUAGACAAUCUGGUAACCGAGGAGGUGCUUGCCGGAAGGAAACAUCUUGUAAUCCGCGCUAUUGGAGAUACGCCAACCGAGAAGGGUAUUGACGCUCAGAAGCGGCUAAUCAAAGAGUUCUACGAGACAGUUGAGAAUAUUGACCCGGCGUGA